AUGUUCAGUGCACGUCUACCGAAACCACAGCACUCAAGCGAGGAGAGUAUAAAAGUCAGUCUACCGAAGCCAGAUGAAAAACCAUCAGCACUACUAGUCCCAUCCAAAAGCUUCGAGUCAAGUGUUGCUUUGGAGCCAAAGAGCUUGGAUGAGCUUCAACUCUCGAAACCUCAAGACUACACCAAAUCCAUAAUACAAGCUACAGGUGGCCCAGCUAAUGCCCAGGUGACUUAUGAAGAUACAAUACCAUUGAAAAAGAGGUUCCCAAAAUUAAAGCAUCACUUUCCAAGGUAUAGCCUUGAAGACUGCCCUGAUACAUCAUUACAAGAAUGUGUUGAGGGAACGAAGGAGGUGAUACAGAAGCUCCUAGCUGAACAGCAAGGAACUGAUACGAAACCUGCUGAAGAUGAAAUAGUGACUUAUGCGCCUCCAUCGCUUGAUGAAUCGGAAGAGGCCAGGGGCAGAACUAUCCAGAUAACUACUCAUCAAGAGGACCCAAUGUUACCUCCAAAGCAUAAACUUCGAAAGAAUAGACACCAGGACCCAUCUCCUCCACCACCUCUUCUUAAGAAAGCUCCUACCGAGAAGGUUACUAAGGAAGUCAAAGAUAAAUGGGCUAUUCCUUCGGUUGUGUCUAACUGGAAUAAUAACAAGGGUUUCUCGAUAUCCUUAAGAAAAAGACAAGAAGCUGCCAGUGGUGGUCAAGUAUCUGAAAACAGCAGUAUCAAUAUUGAAAAAUUCAGUCUGUUAGCGCUGGCUUUGGAAGAUGCUGAUCGUCAAGCUCGUGAAGAUAUCAAGGUGAGAAAUGAAGAGAAGAGACUUAUAGCUCAACGAGAACAAGAGGAAAGAGAGCAAAAGCUCAAGGAACUUGUGUCCCGUACUAGAGAUGAUAGAGAACGUCUGAAGCGUCCUGGAGAGGCCUUGGAUGCAUUCUACAACGCCAAUAAGAAGCGUGCCACUUAG